AUAACUUGGAACAAGCUUCUUAUAGAUUUGAUAGUCUCAGUUAACAUUUUUUGCUUAGUGUUUCAUUUUUCAUCAUGAUGGAGUUUGUAGCAAACCUGGUGGAGCCUUUGCUGGUGCUGAAAAUCGCCUUGUCGAUCCUAGUAGCCGCGGCCGGGGCUUUGGUGUACCUUUAUUCCCCGUAUUGGGGCGUUAGGCGCAUCCCCGGCCCUCCGGCAUUGCCUCUGGUCGGACACCUUCCGUUGCUAGCUGAGCAUGGCCCUGAAAUCUUCACUACUCUUGCCAAGCGCUACGGCCCCAUAUUUAGAUUUCAUUUGGGAAGGCAGCCACUAGUAAUAGUAGCAAAUGCAGAUCUUUGCAGAGAAGUUGGGAUCAAAAAAUUCAAGUAUUUCUCCAACAGAAGCAUCCCUUCUCCCAUUGCAGCUUCUCCUGUUCAUCAAAAAGGCCUCUUCUUCACAAGGGGCGCGAGGUGGUCGACCAUGCGCAACGCGAUCGUCUCCAUCUACCAGCCGUCCCAUCUAGCCACGCUUAUCCCGACGAUGCAAGACUUUAUUGCAUCGGCCACUGAGGAUCUCGGGUCCAACGACAUAGCCCUGUCUGAUCUCUCCCUCAAACUGGCCACGGAUGUGAUCGGGAAGGCUGCGUUUGGCGUUGAUUUCGGCCUCUCCAAGCCAAGUUCGCAGAGGCACGAAGACGGCCAUGUCCAAGAAUUCAUCAACCAGCACGUCUACUCGACGAGCCAGGUCAAGAUGGACCUCACCGGCUCGUUCUCCAUCAUCCUUGGCGCGCUCAUCCCGUUCCUUCAAGAACCCUUCCGCCAGAUCCUCAAGAGGAUCCCGGGCACCAUGGACUGGAAACUGGACCGUACGAACAAGGAGCUGAGCACGCGCCUGGAUAACAUCGUGCAGAGCAGGAUUAAGCAGGCGAACGCUGACCCUGGCUCGAAGGAUUUCGUGUCUCUUAUACUCGGGGCAAGAGAUGGAGAGAAAGGUCCAAACAAGGCCUUCACUGCUGAUUAUAUCAGUGCUCUUGCCUAUGAGCAUCUCUUGGCAGGAUCAACAACUACCUCGUUUACGCUCUCUACCAUCGUCUAUCUUGUCGCUGGCCAUCCAGACGUCGAGAAGAAGGUUCUAGAAGAGAUCGAUGGAUUCGGCCCUCAUGACCUAAUGCCUACUGCCCAUGAUCUUCAACACAAGUUCCCUUAUCUUGAUAUGGUCAUCAAAGAAGCAAUGAGAUUCUACACAGUUUCUCCAUUGGUUGCUAGAGAAACAUCAGCUGAAGUUAACAUAGGAGGCUAUGUCCUACCAAAGGGCACGUGGGUGUGGCUGGCACUCGGGGUUCUAGCAAAAGACCCGGAGAACUUCCCAGAUCCAGAGAAGUUCAAGCCAGAGAGGUUCGACCCUGAGGGCGAAGAGGAGAAGCGAAGGCACCCUUACGCCCACAUUCCCUUUGGGCUCGGCCCUCGGGCUUGCAUUGGGCAGAAAUUCUCCUUGCAAGAGCUCAGGCUGUCUCUGAUUCAUCUGUAUAGGAAGUAUGUGUUCACAUAUUCCCCACUGAUGGAGAAACCCCUGCAGAUUGAUUACGGCGUGGUGCUUAACUUCAGGCACGGAGUUAAGGUUCGUGCCAUCAAACGUGAUGUCUGAAUGAUCCCAUAAUCAAGAACUUGUUCGUGCCAUCAAACGAGAUGUAUUGAUGACCCGAGGAUCGAAUAAACUUGAAUUAGAUGAUCAAUAAAUACAGUCUUGUUUUCUCA